AUGUCUCCUGGCCAAAGCGAGAUUAACAAUCUAAAAGAAGUUUUAAGAAAAUUGCCUCAAGAAAAAGAUGACGAAAAAAAGAGAGAGGUUUUAAAAAAGGUCAUAGCAUAUAUGACAUUAGGUAUCGAUGUAUCCAAAUUAUUUCCUGAAAUUAUUAUGAUGUCUAGUACAAAUGAUAUAAUACAAAAAAAAAUGAUAUAUUUAUAUUUGAACAACUAUGCAGAAACAAACUCCGAAUUAUCAUUGCUCACAAUCAACACAUUGCAGAAGGAUAGCAAAGAUGAAGAUCCAAUAAUAAGAGGGUUAGCAUUACGAAGUUUUUGCAAUUUAAGAAUUAAUAAUUUAUUCGAAUACAUCGAAGGGCCAUUAUUUAACGGGUUAAACGAUAAAAAUUCUUAUGUCCGAAGAAUAGCAAUUAUAAGCUGUAUAAAAUUAAUUAAAAUGAAUCCACAAAUAAAUAUAAAAAAUGAUGUUAUAAAAAUAUUAAAGAAUAAAUUGCUUGAUAAAGAUUCUCAGUGCAUAAUUAAUUCAGUCCACGCAUUAAAUGAAAUAUUAGCAGAUGAAGGUGGAUUAAAAGUAAAUAAAGAAAUUAUAUUUAAUAUGUUAAAUAAAAUAUCAACCUUUAAUGAGUGGGGAAAAUGCGUAAUAUUAAAUAUUGUUAGCACAUAUAUACCAGAAGAUGAAGAUGAAAUGUUUGAUAUUAUGAACAUAUUAGAAAAUCAUAUAAGAGAUUAUUCAACCACCGUAUUUUUAGCGUGCUUAAAAUGUUUUCUUAAUUUAUCAGCUAAUGAUACUGAUUUGCAAAUUAAAAUUUUUAAUAGAAUGAAAGAGCCCUUACUUACAUUAAUUACAACAUCCUCAUAUGAAAUAUCAUAUAUUAUUUUAUUACAUUCGUAUAUAUUAUUGCAUGAGUCUAAUAAAUUAAAAUACGACAUUUUUGAUUAUGACUAUAAGCAUUUUUUUUUUCGAUACAACGACCCCACCUAUAUAAAGGACAUCAAGUUAGAUAUCCUUGUUGCAAUUUCCUCUAAGAAUAAUGUUUCUUUCAUAACAAACGAAUUGAGCGAGUAUAUAUCCGAUUCCAAUGUUGACAUAGCACAAAAAUCUAUUUAUUCAAUCGGGUGCAUUGCUUUGAAAAUACCUAAAUCGAUUUCGAGAGUUGUGGAUCUCGCAUUAUGCUCCUUUUUACCAAUGAAAUCACCACAUAUAUGUGGAGCUACUAUAAAAAUGCUGGGAAAUAUAUUAAGAAAAUAUGAUGAAUAUACAAAGGUAAUAAUAGAAGAAGUAAUAAAGCAUGACAACAAAUUAAUUGAUGAUGUAGGAAUAAUUUCUUAUAUAUGGAUAAUAGGAGAAUAUUGUGAAUAUAUAGAAAAUGCACCAUACAUUUUAGAAGAAUAUGUAAAUCUAACUGAUUGCUCAUAUAUAUUUAUGUUAGAAUUGCUAACGGCUUGCCUAAAAGUUUUAUAUAGAAGACCAUCUGAAAUGAAAAUUAUUUUAGUAUCUUUAUUUCAAAAUAUAUUAAAUAACUAUAAAUACCCCGAACUUACUGAUAAACUUUUUUUCUAUUAUAAGCUUUUAUAUUAUAAUUAUGAAGAAGCAUUUAAUAUUAUUGCAGCUAAAAAAAAUUUGGUAACUAACUUUUGUGAAUCUAAUGAAAAUACAUUAUUAGAUAAAUUAUAUAAUGAGUUUAAUACCUUAUCAAUACUAUAUAAAUAUCCUACAAACAAGCAUAUUCAAUAUUCAAAAAUAUGUUUUAGUGCUGUAUAUGACCCUGAAGAAAAUACUCAUGGCACCAAUACAUAUAAUGAUAGUGAUAGCGACGCUGGUGAAGCUUGUGAUGCAAAUAAGGAACAUAUCCAUAACAAGUUAUACAAUAAUAGGGAAAUUAAUAAUUAUAACGAGCAAUAUGAUAACGUUGAUCAACCCCAAAUUUCUCAUAGCGUCAGCGAUGAUGCUGCAUCCCAUUUUGAUAAUAACCAGAACACCAACCUGAUUAAUAUAAAUGAUGAUGUGGGCACAGUUGGAAACGAAAUCAGCGCUGAUGAAAAUGGUGAUAGCCAUCGAAAUAAUAUUCACAAUUAUAAAGGGCGUGGAGAAAGUAUGUAUCCUUUAGAUAAUUCGUCUAAUGCUAUUAAAAAAAAUAAUCAUAGCCCCAAUACAAAAAAUGCCAAUAAAAAUACAUUUAAUUCUCAAUAUAAGAACCGUAACACCGAUAAAAUGCGUACACCCACCAACAAUGAUACCAUUUCCGAAGAAAAAAGAACAUCCCUUGAACUGCUAGAUAUGAUUGAUUCAGAUAAUUUUGAAAAAUUAAAAGAAAUUUUAAUACAUGCAGAAAAUAUAACACCAGAACAAUACCAAGAACAAUGGAAUUUAUUACCAGAACAAAAUAAUGAAAAAUUAUUUUUAAGAAAAAAUUAUUACAAUUUACAAUUAGAAUCGUUAGAUGAAUUAAUAUCGAGAUAUAACAUAAUUAUUUUGGCAUCUGGAGAAAUUGACCAAUGCCUUAAGUUUUAUAUGUAUUCACAAUUUUACACAAAACAUUAUGUAUUCAUUGAAUUUAUUUUUAACAAGAUAGAAUAUUCCAUUAACUGGGUAUUAAAGUCGCAGUCUGAUAACGCCGAUAUGGUAGAUCAGUUUACCGAUUGUUUCAGGGACAUAUUCAUAGAUUUUAUGUGA